AUUAAACAUGAUGAGUAGAGCUACAGGAAAGAAAAUAGUUGCCCAAGAUCAGAAAUCAAGAACAAGCCAGGAGACAAGAGCAGGGGCGGGAGUAGGAGAACAAGAACACGAACCAGGAACACCAAGAACUGGAAAGGAGGCUAAAGAGAAACGUGGCUGGGAUAAGAAAAUCCGGGAAAUGUCAAGAGAAAUGUCACAGUCCAGUAGAGAGGACGAUGGUGCACUAGUUGCAGGAAUACGCAUAUCUAAACAAAAUGUUGAAGAAAUCAGGGAUGUUUUUAUGGAAUUUGAUAUGGACGGAGAUGGGACAAUCACAACUAAGGAGCUUGGCACCGUGAUGAUGAGACUUAAUGAGUUCCCAACAGAACAAGAACUCAAGGUCAUGGUGGCCGAAGUCGACCAGGACAAGAAUGGAACAAUAGAACUAGACGAGUUUAUGGUAAUGAUGGCGCGAAGAAUUCGAGACAGUAAUACCAUCAGGGAGGUGUUUAAUGUGUUUGACUCAAACAGAGACGGGGUGAUUACAACUGAUGAGCUUAGAAAAGUGAUGCGAGGGCUUGGUGAAGAUCUAAACCAGGAGGAGCUGGAUGAGAUGAUGCGGUGGGCAGACCGGGACGGGGACGGGGUUGUGGGCGUGUCCGAGUUCUCCUCCCUGAUGUUUGAAACUGUUAGGACCUACUUCAGUUCCCAGGUAGUUCCGGUCUCUAAAGAAGAACCUUCUCCGGAGGCCAGUGCUUAAGAGAAUGUACAGUACAAUAGUACUCGAGCAGUUCAAAAUUACUCGAGCAGUACAGUAGUACUUGAGCAGUACAAAGAACUCGAGCAGUACAAAAGUACUCGAACAGUACAAUAGUACUCGAGCAGUACAAUAUUACUGGAGCAGUACAGUAGUACUCGAGCAGUACAAUAGUACUCGAGCAGUACAAUAGUACUCGAGCAGUACAAUAGUACUCGAGCAGUACAAUAGUGUACUCGAGCAGUACAAUAUUACUCGAGCAGUACAAUAGUACUCGAGCAGUACAAUAGUUCUCGAGCAGUACAAUAGUACUUGAGAGUCAGAACAGUAAAGUACAGUACAACUCUAAUCAGCUGACCUUGAUGGUUACAAAUUAGUAAAAUUAGGUAUCAAUUGAAUUAUUGAAUAGUUUUUGAUAACAUUAUGUUCGUUUUGAUCUUAGUCUGACAUUUUUCCCAGUAUUUGAGAAAAAAAUGUCAAAACAAUUGAAAAUAAAUUUGGGAUCAUAACGUACAAAAUAGUUUUAUAUCAAGAUUAUUCGAAGAAGUAAAAGACUAAACAAAAAACUGAUUUUUAUUUUUGUAAUAAUUCAGAGAAAUCAAGCCCCAUCUUUAAUGAAAAUGCAUUGAAAAUUGUCAACCACAGAAACUAGAAACUUUCAUAAACGCGGUUGAAAAGCAAUUGUGAUGUUAGUCGCGCGGUUUAAAAGUAAUUUCGGGCAAUCCCAAACAAAUGACAAAAGUUUGUUUGAAAUAAUUUUAAAGAUGGCGCCGGAUACUAGAACAGUUUUGAUAAAUAUCUGAGCGGGGGGUUAAUUAAAAUAGGAAUUUACAAAAGAAAUCAAACUAGAAACUUUUAUAAACGCGGUUGAAAAGCAAUUGUGAUGUUAGUCGCGCGGUUUAAAAGUAAUUUCGGGCAAUCCCAAACAAAUGACAAAAGUUUGUUUGAUAUAAUUUUAAAGAUGGCGCCGGAUACUAGAACAGUUUUGAUAAAUAUCUGAGCGGGGGGUUAAUUAAAAUAGGAAUUUACAAAAGAAAUCAAACUAGA